GGCUGCUGCACCUGUGAGGUUUUUGUGUAGUGCGACUUUUAUUUUAGUUUUCCUUUAGUUUCUAUAUGCAGUGUAUAAUAGUGAAUCACGAUGCAUAACAUGACGCGGUACCGGAACUUCGUACAAUUUCAGCUUCUUGACGAUUACCUUUUGUUUAUAAUCGUCAAUGCUGAACAAGCACACAGUGUUUGCUUAUUAAAAUUGUUAAAACGGUUAUAGUAAUUGUACGGUAUUCCAUGCAAUGAACUGACAAUCUAGUGCUUAGUGAACGUGUUCUCAUAAGUGACUUCAUUAAGAUUUAUUAACUGUACCAUAGUUUAAGUUUAAGAACUCAACAAUUAAUUGUUUUCAUAAAUAUUUACCUUAGGAGGGCCCCCUGUAUUUUACAUAUCUAAUCAAGAUAAAGGAAAAAUCUGCAAGCUCAAGAUGUGGCGAAAAUUAACAGCAAUAGUAUCAAAAAAUUUAAUCAUCAGAAAACGACACUGGAUUUUAACUCUAUGUGAAGUUGUGGUCCCGAUCAUAUUAUUCGUUGUAGUGGCCUUUGCUAGAUCAAAAGUUAAUGGAAUGAAUAAAAUACAUAUCGAAGAACCUACAUUUUAUGAGCCCAUGGACACAUACGACAUAUAUUCUCACUUAGAUGCUGGGGAAAUAAACUUUUGGUACGCACCAGGCACGAAUUUUACAAGAACAAUAAUAAAUGGAAUUCAAAGCAAAAUUAGAAUACCAGGAGAUCGUGUGAAAGAAUUUGCCUCUAACAAUGAACUGUUACUAGAGUUUGAUGGAAAAAAUGCUACAACCAUGAUAGCUGCUAUUAAUUUUAAUGUCACCGAUCCACAUCAUUUGAAUUAUGACCUAACACUUUAUACUAAAUAUUUUAAAUGGGACACUGAUAAAUUAUUUAUACCUGAGUUCAGUUCGGAAAAAGAAAGAGUCAAUCAUUAUAUAUAUAAAGGUUUUGCUGCGUUACAAAUAGCCAUAGAUACGUCUUUCCUGGAAUUACAUUUAUAUAAUCAAGGAGCGGAACAUAAAACGAUUGAUUUUUCUUUACAAAGAUUUCCAGAUCCACCUCGCACAAUUGAUUCCGGAGUCAAUAAAUUAUUUGUCUACUUUUUACCAAUUAUAACUAUUGUGAGUUUCAUGUGUUUAUUUCCGUCAGUAUUACAACGAGUUGGAGAAGAAAAAUUUUUAGGAACUAAAGAAUAUAUGAAAAUGACUGGUUUGAAUUCAUCUUUAAUCUGGUUGGGAUGGUUUAUACACGCUCUGAUGACCACUAUAUUCACCAUUAUAAUAAUUGUGGUAUUGAUGAAAGUGCCACUGUGGGGAGUCUCAUAUUCAUUGAUCGAACAUUCAGAGUGCACAGUUUUGUUUACACUCUUGUUCUUGUACUGUAUGGCAACUAUAACCUUCUGCUUUUUGAUUGCCUGUAUUAUUGACACACCUUCCAUUGCAACAAUAGUCGGAAUGUUAUUUUGGAUUCUAUCAUACUUUAUACCACAAUCGUUUUUGAGUUUCCAUGAAGUUUUACAGUGGAAAUAUAAAAUCCCUUUUGCUAUUUUCCCUAAUAUGGCACUUUAUUAUGGUUACUCUUCUAUAUUCCUAUAUGAAAUGACAGAGGUUGGCAUUCAGUGGAGCAAUAUUUUCCAGCCAGGAAGUGGAGCCGAUAACGAUGUAACGAUGGGAAACGUUUUCAUAAUGCUGAUAUGUGACAUAGUGUUAUUCAUGACGCUCACACUUUACAUAGAAAAUGUUAAACCAGGACAGUACGGAAUUUCAAAAUCAUAUUAUUUCCCGUUAACCAGCUUUGUGACUUUUGUAAAAAAAAGUAUUGGGCAAUUGAAGCGAGGAAAUCGAGUUCAAAACGCAUCGACAGGGAAAUUAUUGCAAGAUUUUGAAAAGGGAUCAACACAAACACCGUGUAUUCAAAUUAUUAAUCUUCAGAAGAAAUACUCCCAUUGUGUGGUCGUGGAUGAUUUAACAAUGGAUAUUUACAAAAAUCGCAUAACAGUAUUAUUAGGUGAAAAUGGUGCUGGAAAAACCACCACAAUGUCUAUUCUAACAGGAAUGAUCAACGCAACAAAUGGUGUUGUGUUAAUUAAUGACAAAAACAUUCAGACACACUCAGAUGACGUUAGGCACCUAAUGGGGCUUUGCCCACAACACAAUCUACUGUUCCCAGAUUUAACUGUUGAAGAACAUCUAAGGUUUUUUGCAAAAUUGAAAGGUUCCAAUGAUGGCAAUGAAGAUGUCAAAAAUAUGUUACUAGAGCUUGGAAUUUACGAACAAGCAAAUACAAUGGUAAACUCCUUAUCUGGCGGAAUGAAACGAAAGCUCUGUCUUGGAAUGGCUUUAAUUGGGAAUCCAGAGAUUUUGAUUUUGGAUGAACCAACAUCUGGAAUGGAUCCAGAAUCUCGUCGAAAAAUUUGGAAUUUGCUGCUGGAGUACAGAAAAACUAAAACCAUAUUGAUAACUACACACUUUAUGGAAGAAGCUGACGUACUUGGAGACAGGAUAGCCAUCAUGGCAGACGGCCGAUUGCAAUGUUAUGACACACCAUCAAACCUGAAGACGAAGUACAAUACUGGUUAUCGCUUAAAUUUAUUACUUGAUUCAAAUGCUGAUAAAAGUGAAAUAGAGAAAACCGUCAAAGCGCAUUUUCCAGAUGUUCGAAAGAUUCGGCAGAGUGAAGACUCCGUCGUCUAUCUAUUGCCACUUAAGCAAGAAGAAUUUGCAGGAGGGAUUAGUGCUUUGGAAAAGAAUCAAAAUACUUUAGGAAUUCAAAGCAUUAGUAUGGAUUUAACAACUAUUAAUGAUGUGUUCUUAAAGGUUGGUACUAACCAAGAUGGCAUUGAUGGCGAAAUUAAAAGAGAAAUAGAAACUUUAUCGGAAAAUGCUUGGCAAGCAAAUUUGCAUGGUAGACUUCGCAGUGUAAAUCAACUUUUAGCACUAAUAAAAAAACGUUAUUACUUCCUUAAGAAAAAGUAUCUCAAUGUGAUUCCAUUAUUUUUUGUUUCUAUCUGCAUUUUUUUAUUGGCCAUAUGGUUAUCAAACUCAGACAGUUAUGAUGGUGGUGGUCCAUCAAUUAACUAUUCCUUGCAAGUAUAUGGAAAGCCCAAAGUGUACUAUGGUGGUGAAAAGUCUUCAGAUCCUGUUAUCAAUAACUUGAGAGAUCACUAUAAAAAAUUUAUAACCGAUGAAAACGGAGAAGCCGUAUACAGUGAGAAUAUUUCCGAUGACAUAAUAAAAGAAGGUGUCAAAAACAUAGCCUUUUACAUGAAGCACAUGAUCGCAGCGGUUGAAUUCAACCGUACGUCAGAUGGAAGGGUUGUCAUAGUAAAUGCCAUGUAUUCAUCCGAAUCACUGCAUGGAGUACCAAUUUCGAUCAAUCUUGCAACGAAUGCAAUUGCUAAGGCAUGGCUCGGUAGUGAUUUUUCCAUUAAUACACAUAAUACGCCCCUGAAACCACUGCGCUCUCAAGAUGCACCUUUUGAAUUGUCCGAGGAAAACGUUGCAAGUGUGUGGUUAACCUUGAUUCCUAUAAGCAUACUUUUCUUAAUGUGUAAUUUUAUCGUGUUUCCGUAUACCGAAGUAUCAACACAUUUCAUGCAGAUCCAAAUUACUGCAGGAAUUAGAACAUAUUUCUAUUGGCUAACAAAUGUUGUCUUUGACGUAGUAUUUUCACUGGUUCCCAUGAUGAUGUUGUUUUCCAUUCUGUUAUUAGUAAAUCAACUUGUCUAUAAUUGGCGUGCUUUCAAUGCAGCAGACAUAUGGGCAAUGUUUGUGAUAUGUGAAACUUAUAUUAUAGCAGCCUUGCCAUUUACCUAUCUAUUUAGUUUUCGAAAAACAACAACAGGAGCAUUUGCCCUCCUUCUUAUGUUGGGUAUGUUUUUCGGCAUUGUUCCAUCAUUAAUCACCGCUGCCGUGGAGUAUUGGAAACAAGAGUACUAUAUUAAAAUUGCAAAUUGCUUAAAACCUGUGUUAAUAGCAAUAAAUCCCCAAUUUGCUCUGAGUUAUAUAAGCUUUAAGUUUGCGAAGAAAUACGUUGAAAAUUUCAACUGGAAAUACAUGGACCCAAAUAAACGAGAUUAUAUUUGCAACACCAAUCCAAAUCCCUGUUGCAAUGGAGAAACGACUGAAUGCCGCACAUACCAAAAUUAUUUUCGAAAUAAACAAUUGGGAAUUGGAGAGGAUCUUGCAUUAAUGUUUGUGGCUUUUGGACUAUAUUUUGCACUAUUAAUUUUCAUAAAUAGUGAACCUUACAAAAAAAUUGUACAUGCCUUAAAAUAUCUACAUCUACCCUCAAUUAAAAUAUUUAAUUACCGCCACAAAAAAACUGAAAUCGAAGAUUUCAUCGAAGAUGCAUCUCUUCAAGUUAAAAAUUUAACCAAAACAUUUGGAGACAAAAUCGUAGUGAGAGAUUUACAAUUUUAUUUGAAAAAUAAUAAAUGCUUUGGAUUACUUGGUGUCAACGGUGCUGGAAAGUCUACCACAAUCCGUAUGUUAACAAAAAAUUUGUUUUUCGACGGUGGCAGUAUUAUUUUAAACUCAAAAAAAGACGGAAAGCCAUUAAGAAUAAACCAAUUACAGUACUCUCAAGAAAUAGGCUAUUGCCCUCAAGAAAAUUGUAUGAAUUACUAUUUAACCGGACGAGAACUAAUACGUGUUAUGGCAUACCUAAGAGGUUUUGAGAAUAAACGCAUAGAACAAAUAACUGACAGUUUAUUGACUUCGUUUGGUUUAAAUCAAUACGCUGAUCAACCAUGUUCUGAAUACAGUGGAGGAAAUAAAAGAAAACUAAACUGCUGUAUGGCAUUUUUAGGAUCUCCUAAAGUCAUUUGCCUCGAUGAACCCACUAGUGGUGUUGAUCCAGCAAGUCGAAGAAAAUUUUGGCGUAUAUUGUCAUUAUUCAAGCAGUUGAAAUUAUCAUCUUUUUUGCUUUGUUCUCAUAGCAUGGAAGAAUGUGAAAAUUUGUGUGAUGAAAUAGCAAUUAUGAAAAGUGGUGAAAUUAACGAUCAAGGGAGUCUUUUGUCUCUGAAAAAUAAGUACCAAAAAGGAUUUAAAAUUGUUGUGACACUUAAAAGUGAAACAAGCAACUCAGAAGAAAUUAAAAAGCAUUUGUCAGAAAAAUUAAAAGCUCAUUUGAAAGAGGAAUACGCUAAUACAUUAACUUACGAAGUCCUGCAGGAUAACCAAAGGUUGAGUGGAUUGUUUUCUAACUUAGAGAAGAUGAAGGAAAUUUAUAAAGAACAAGUGGUGAAUUAUGAAGUGAAUGCAAUUUCAUUAGAAGAUAUAUUCUUAACCAUUGCUGAAACUAAAGAUGAGGCUAAAACAUCAGUUUAGUUGAUAGCAAAUAAGUAUCUACUUUGUAUUUCGAUACACGUAAACUGCACCAAAUAAUAUAUUCAGGAACCAGCAUUAGUAGGGUCCCCUUUUACUUCUACCAUGUGGCAUGCACAACCGGAGCUGCAUUUGAAUGUAUAAAUGUAUAAAACGUAUAGAUAUAAUUUGAAAUUUCAGUAUAUCCCACUGAAAAAUAUUGUUACGGUUUUAGAGUAAAUUUAAAUAAAAUUUAUAUUUCACUAA